UUAGUUGCAACUGUCAAAGGUGGAGUGGAUACGCGCAUGACCCAACACACACUACUGUGAUAGUGUCCGUAUAAACAGCCGAAAUAAGCCGAGGUAAGGAGCCGAGGAGAGUCCGAGAGCCGAGCGAGCCGCGUCCUUUGCGCGGUUUUUCCUUCGCCUCUAAGCAAGUGUGUCGCUGCCGUCGAUAUUACUGCACUAAACAUAUUCCUGUGCCUCCCUGUAGAUCCAGCCAGCGCAAGGAUUUUUUUCUACUCCUCCUUCGUAAUAAAGUCGCCAUUUUGCUUCACUGCCUAUAUAAACCAUCCCGUAUUUUCAUGUCUUCUCCUCCUCGAGCCGCGGACCCGGCUGUGUUUGCGGGAUAUUUUUGACAUUUUCUGGAGUGUUUGUCGGGAGAAGACGGAGGUUGAAGAAAGUGCCUCGUGGUUUUCAUGUUAAUGCAGGAAAGGAGGGAAGGAGGCGGAGGAGGCGAGGGAGGAGGAGGAGGGGGGGCGGCUGGAAACUGGGAAUAAUAAGGUGAAAGUCGCGUGGAAUUGGCGAUUUCUCGCCCCCGUGUUUCGCCUUGUGCCUCGUCGUCGUCUGCGGAGGUGGACACGCUGACGGGACGACUCUGACCGCUGUCCACAGCUGUCCACAGCUGUCCACCACAGUCUGACCACUCAGUGACGGACGGCAGGUGUGAGCGAGGACCAUGUAACACGACGUCGGAGGAGGAGGAAGAAGAAGACACACAAUAAACAAACAACUGACAAACUCACUGACGCCCACUCAGGUGCGUGUCUCCUGACCCCCCCCCUCCCCUCGUCCUCCCCCCCGUCCUCCCUCCUCACGUGGGUGACCCGGGGCUACCCGGUCCUACUGCUGGGUGACAGUGUCCGACAAUUCAGGCAUGGAGAGCCCAGGCUCCAGGCUUGGGAAGCUGUCCUCAUCAGGGCUGCCAAAGGGCCGCACUCCCAAACAUGGACAUCCCCAGGAGACUGUCAGGAACAUGGCAGGCCCCGAAAACAACAAACACAUGCCAGGUCCAGUGUGUGAUGAGCCAGCAGAAGGGAAGAGGAAAGGUCGACCCAAAGCAGACGUGCAGGAACUGAGGAGCAUCCCAGCCCAUAUGAUAGUUCAAUGGAAGGAAGAGUUUAAACGCCGCUCCAGGGUUAAGUGUCCGUGUUCAGGCUGCUGGUUAGAGUUUCCCAGCAUCUAUGGCGUCAAGUACCACUAUCAACGCUGCCAGGGGGCCACAGUCGCUGAGAAGCUGAGUCAUGGCUGCCCCUACUGUGAGGCAGUGUUUGCCACAAAGGUCCACCUGCACAAGCACAAGCUGUGGAACCAUCCCGACAGGGUCACGAUGGAGGGCAAGGAGGGGCAAGCCAAACUUCACAAGACUCCUGUCAAGUCCAACACCAAGAAAAGGCCCUUGGAGAACAGCCCCCCUUCUCCUGUCUUCUUCAAAGUGAAGAAGAUCCACGAGGUGUCGACACCCUCACAGAACGGCGAUGUGGUCCACCAGAGGAGCGAGAGGAAACAGCACAGUCAGCAGAUCCCCCAGUCCCUGCCCGUCCUCCCUCACUCCCAGCAGUCGCAGUGCCAGAGCACAUCGUCUGACGCUGGUGGCAGUGAAAGUGAGGGCGGGAGUCUUCCUCCAUCUUUGGCCGACGAGGACCCAGAGCGAAUGAAGCACAGACGGAAGCAGAAAACACCCAAGAAAUUCACCGGAGAGCAGCCCUCUAUAUCUGGAACAUUCGGAUUGAAAGGAAUGACUAAGGUGGAGGAGAAACUAAAAGCAGGUCGUGCAAAGAGACCAGAAGGAAGUGCGCUCAGUGAGGAUCCUCAGAGAAGACCAGCUCCAGCUCAGUCCGCCAAGAAAGACUCAGCCACAACCAGCUCUGGUGUGGUUCCUGACACGCAGUGGCAGCGGGCGAUCUCAGAGCGAGGUGAAGUCGUGUGUCCCAGCUGCUCCAUCGUCACCAGGAAAACCAUCCACGGCCUCAAGAAACACAUGGAGAUUUGCAAGAAGCUCCAGGACGCCCUGAAGUGCCAGCAGUGCCAGAAGCAGUUCAGAUCCAAGGCCGGCCUCAACUACCACACCAUGGCUGAGCACAGCAACAAGCCGUCGGGGAGUGAAGGCCAGACGACGGGCGACGAGCAUGAGGAGAGAGAGAGGCUGCGUCGAGUUCUCAAACAGAUGGGACGAAUCAAAUGUCCUAGUGAGGGUUGCUCGGCCCAUUUCUCCAGUCUGACGGGUUACCAGUACCACCAGAAGCGCUGUGGAGGGGAGUUUUCUGAUGACGAGAAGCCUGUGUUUCUGUGUCAGCACUGUGGAAAAACCUACCACUCCACAGCCGGCAGAGACUACCAUAUACGUGCUGAACACUCAGCAACCAUCACUGCCACAGCUGCCACCAAUAACAACAACAGCAGCAACAACAAGGACAAUACAACUGACAGCAACAACAACACCGGCAAAGAAAGGGUGCUGUCAGAGGAGUCUCCAGCAGGAGGCAAGAAGGAGCAAAACCAGCCUGAGAAGAUGGACUGGCAGAAGAAAUCUCCCUCCAAAGACCCCAAAGAGAAGCAAAGAGAAACCAGGCAGAAAGAGAGGGGGAAAGAAAAAGAGAGGGAGUCAGUCGCUGACAAAGCAGUGCGGAAUGAGAGCCAGGGGGAGGACUUUGAGCGGACCCCAAGUGGCAGAGUGAGGCGCCGCUCAGCCCAGGUGGCAGUUUUCCACCUGCAGGAGAUCGCAGAGGACGAGCUGGCCAAAGACUGGGGCACCAAGAGACGCAUAAAAGACGACCUGGUGCCUGACAGCAAGAGGUUAAACUACACACGACCCGGCCUCCCCAACUUUAGCCCAGAGCUCCUGGAGACCUGGAAGAACCAAGUCAAAGAGAAGGGUUUCAUCUGCUGCACCAAUGAAAACUGUGAAGCUGUAUAUUCCAGUGUGUCAGGACUUAAAGCUCAUCUCGCCAACUGCAGCCAGGGUGGUGGAGAACUGGGGAAGUACACCUGUCUGCUGUGUCAGAAGGAGUUUAGUUCAGAGAGCGGCGUGAAGUACCACAUCAGCAAGACACACUCACAGAACUGGUUUCGUGCAGCCGAGAAUGAAGUGGUCUCCAGCAGCAAGAAUAAAGCGCCGCAGAACAACGGGAUCAAAGCAGAGGUGACAAACUGUGCUGCACCGGGUAAGAAGAGGGGCCGCAAGCCCAAAGAGCGCCCCUCUGUGGUCGAACCUCUUCAAACAAACAUUGAAGCGCCUGCAGUUACUGAAAACUCAGCCCCCGCCACAGAUCCUUCCUUGUGCUCAACAAAAUCUCCGAGCUUGAUCCCCAACCCAUCGGACAAUGCUCAUUCAGGCCCAAACCGACAGCCCGUCCCUUCUGCUGGCAGACGAAGCAAACCCAAGAGGCUGUCGCUGUCAGAGUAGCUGUGCAUUUGUCCACCCAGGAGCCACAGAGGAUGCUCACUGUAAAAAGGAAGCUCAGAGACUUUGAGGAAAGCUAAAUUAGGAAGUCAAAUACAGUCCAGAGUCAAUGUGUCUGUUGUUAUAACCAAUUCUAAUGUAACAGUCAUUUUUGUUUCCUCUCCAUUCCAUUUUGGUCUCAGUUUGAAGGCACAUACGAUCUCACAGCAGGGCUGUCAGCCGUCCUCACAGAUGAAAUCCCCACUUCUAGAUAACAGAGGGAUUAUUCCCACAAAUUGAAAGUAAUACUCUCCACAAGUUUAAAAAAAAAAAGAUAUUCUAUUCGCAUGGUGAAGUCUUUAAUGAUAGCUACUGUUUUCACAUUUCUUUCCCAGAUAUUCUGUACUUUGUACAUAAACAAUAUCUAUAUCUAUAUAUCUAUAUACUCAAAGCAAUGAUGCCAUUUUAUAGUUUUCAAGUCUAACACAUCCAAUUGGAUCUUGAGCAGUCAUGUUUUUGGCAGUGUGUGCUGUAGUGCAAUGUCAUUUUGAACUUUUUUCAUUUCUUUCUGCUUUUAGGUUCAUUUUUUUACUUUUAUUUUGUACUGUUUAUGUUUCAAGUAAGCAAAUGUCCUCAUAAGCUAAAAUGUUGCUCAGUUGUAAAUCUUUUUCCACCCCAUGUUUUCCUACUGCUAUAUGAGCUUAACUUUUAAUUUGUAUUUUUUGGGACAGCAUCACGUGACAGAUGAAAACAAAAAUCACUGUAAGUGAUAGGACUCAUUUAUGCUCAAGGGAAACAGACAAAGUCAUCUGUCUGUACAUUCACUAAACACGUGACAUGGGAUGGAGCAGUACAGUACCACCAGAAACCAUCAGGGGCAGUGAUGCACGAUGAGCAUAGGAAGUUAAGACAAAUAUGUGGAACUUUGUGAAGAGAGAGUUUGUGAAUUGGAAGCUGUGUUCACACUCCAACAGACGCGACACGUCAACACAUCUCUGUCUUGUCUUUUGAUUUCUGUGCGUCUGCUGGUUUUUGCCUUGACUGACCUCAUUGGGAUUGCUGUGCUCGUUUGUGAAAAGUACAAUUGUCAUAGAUCUCCAGGUGAGCACGAGCCUGGAUGAAGGUGAUUCGGUUUGGCCAAAGUUAGAAUCUCAGAAAAAAGGGAACCGUGUUCUCGAGGGAGGCUUAUCGCCAUGACAACAGAGAAGCCACUUUUGUUUGGCCCCCAAAGAGCAGCUGUCUUUUGAUUCAGCUGUUGCUGUCAUGUAUUUUAGCGACUUGCUCCGGCCAUAAGUCGUGAGACGUUAUUACUUCACGGCCAUCGCUCCUAGAAAACUCGCUCUGCAAACCAGAUCCAGAUCAUUGUCUGAUUGUUUGUAGGUCUAUCCUACGGCGUACAGAGGCAUUUUCGUCUAUGUUCGUUGGCCACGCCUCUUGAGAGUGGGCGGGACUUUCCAGACUCAUACUUAAUCCCGAAUGAGUUUGAGACACGGUCUAUUCCAUUCAAUUCAAUUUUAUUUACACAUGAUCUCAGGUCUCUGUACACAGACAACAUGAUGGAGACAGAGAAACACAACAGUUCACACAAUGAGCAAACACAAGGCUUCAGUGGAGAGAAUGUGCAGCAUCUGCCUCGACCGGUUGGGGUGAAAGGAAAAAUGGAGGACAGAGGAGAGGAGGGGGAGAGACAGAAAGGAAGGUCUGGGUGAGCUAGCGUAGAUAUGUCAGUGCCAUGACGGUUUAUUGUAACAACACAUCACGUGAUCAGUUGAAAUGAACCAACCUGCGAACCAACCUGCGUGAUUUGGCCACGUGACAAGUCUGUGUGUUUGCUGUGAACUGUCUGGUGCUUCUCACGGUCAGGCUGUACUCUCCUUGUUCUGUGCUGAGUUGGGUUUGUGUUGUGUUCUGGUCACAUGUACAUUACCCAUGGUUCCAUUUGUGCAAUGAUGAGGGUCCAUGUGGGUGUGAAGUUCCACGAGUUAUCACCUGAAUCCACAUUCUAUUCCAUUUCAAUCUGUUGUCGCACCUGAAGCAGAUGUGGGGCGCUUGAUGGCAUUUACAUCUGCGCUGCCCUCUGGUGGAUGUAACAGCCAAACCAAUGUAAAAGGGUCACUGAUGGUUAUAUCGUCUGAAACGUAUUUGUAUCACUGUUCCUACACAAAGGCAGCAUCGAUGAUGUCCAUCUGUAUGAGUUCGUAACAUUAGCAUGGCCUUGUUUAAUUGAUUUUCAAUGAGGAAAAACUUGAAAUAUUCUGUCUAAAAUAGGACUGGCAAAGCUAAUGGUUGGACAGAAGGAGUGAAUCGUGUGUGAAGCCUGUUGCACCGUUGCAGCACAAUCAGAGGACACCGUGUUAGAGGAAGCCAUGUUUUGGCUACUGCUUAAGCUUGAGUCAAAGAACUGAGGAGAGAACUUUAAAAAAAAUAAUCUUUUUAUAGAGUUUGAGGGAAGAAAAUCUUUUAUUAAACAGAAAAAAGCUCGAAAAAGCAGAUGAAGAUUAACUGACAAAAAUGUAUAUGUAUGAUUUCCUGGAUGCUCAAAGUUAAUGCCUUGCACUUUAACCCUUCUCACUCCCCUCUCGUAUUUUUGCACUCCGGAGUAUUGAGCUUGGCCGAUCAUGGCUGUCAGGUACAGGAGCGGGAAGAU